AUGAAUUAUCUUCUAACAUCAUCCUCAUCAUUUACUCCGUCACCUCGAUAUGCUACUAGUUCUAUAUUAAUUGGUACAAAAUUAUAUUUCUUCGGAGGAUGGGCCAAAGAUUCUGAUAAUAUAGAAAAUUGUCAAAGUGAUAUUUUCUAUUUGGAUAUUUCGAAUUCUUUUAAUAUUGAAGAUGAUAAUCAAAAUAUUCCAUGGAUUGAUCUUACAUCCACUGCCGAAAUACCGGAAAGAAUAUGUUGGCAUAAUAGUUUAAAAGAAAUAAAUAAUAAUACAAUAUAUUUAUUUGGAGGGAUAACUCAAAAUAUUAAAAGUAAAGAAUUAACUUUUGAUACAUUAUUAUAUAAAUUUGAUAUUACAUCACAAAAAUGGAGUAAACCUUCUUUAACAGGAAUUUCACCUGGAAGAAGAAUAAGACUUGAAAUAGUUCAAGAUAAUAAAAAUGAUAUAGAAAAUACUUAUAUAUUUGGUGGAUUAACGACGAAUAAGAUAAUGUGGUUUAAUGAUAUGAAUAUUUUAGAUACAUUAAAAUUAAAUUGGUUAUUAGUGGAAACUUCUGGUAUUAAUAUUCCUCCUCCUCAAGCUGAUUUUACUACUACUUUAUUAUCCAAUGGAAUUAUUCUUUAUAUUGGAGGAAGAGAAGCUGUAAAUGUAUACGGUGAUAAAAUUACAUACAAAAAAAUGGAUCAAAUUGCCACUGGAACUAUUCCUGGUGUACGUGUAGGCCACAGUGCAGUAUUAGAUUUAGCAGUUCUUGAUACUUCAGUAUUACCUUUUAAAUGGACGAUUCCGAAAAUAAAAAAUAUUCCUCCCCCCGUACUUGCUCAUCAUACUGCUACUUUAAUUAAAAAUAUAAUUAUUAUAGCUUUUGCAUCCGAAACACCUACAUUUGUAAGUGUAAAUACUGCAUUAUUGUUGGGUUCAUUAAUUGGUGGAAUUACUAGUAUAAUUGUAUUAUUGAUUAUAGCCUUCUUAUUAUUUCGACGUUGGAGAAAAUUUAAAAAACUUUAUGGUGAUAAAUUACCUUUCUCUGAUCCGGUAACUCCUCUUUAA